AUGGCAAUUAUCCUACCAAAAUUAAAAUAUGCACUUAAUGCAUUGUCACCACACAUAAGUGAAGAAACACUAAAUUUUCAUUAUAAUAAGCACCAUGCAGGAUAUGUAAAUAAAUUAAAUGGCUUAAUUAAAGACACACCUUAUGGCACGAAAUCGUUAAUAGAAAUUGUAAAGGAAUCAUCAGGGGCAAUUUUUAACAAUGCUGCUCAAAUAUGGAAUCACAGUUUUUAUUGGGACUCCAUGGGACCUAAUUGUGGAGGGGAACCUCAUGGAGAAAUUAAGGAAAAAAUAAUUGAAGAUUUUGGAUCAUUUAACGAUUUCAAAAAUCAAUUUUCAAAUGUUUUAUGUGGUCAUUUUGGUUCAGGUUGGGGUUGGUUAGCUUUAAAUAAUAACAACAAAUUAGUUAUAUUACAAACACAUGAUGCAGGUAACCCUAUAAAGGAUAAAACAGGUAUUCCUAUAUUGACAUGUGACAUAUGGGAACAUGCAUAUUAUAUUGAUUAUCGUAAUGAUAGAGCAUCAUAUGUUAAGGCAUGGUGGAAUUUGGUGAAUUGGAAUUUUGCAAAUGAAAAUUUAAAGAAAGCAUUACAAAAAUGA